CGAGCAGACAGUUCUUCCUUGUCAUGUCUUCCUUCAAAGUUAAUGAAGUUUUUUUAAAAAUGAAUUGCAUUGUUAGUCUUUGUUUGCAUCGAGCUCUAUGGAUACCAAUAUGAGCUCGAAGAACUGACAGUAAAGUGAUUUGAAUAAAAUCAGGUUUUCAAACCUUACUUUUAGCAAACAUUUGACUGACUUGACACUUUGUCUCGCUAUUAAUUAAGACUUUAGUGAUAACGUCCAUUCACUAGGAUCGCAUUUUUAGUGGUGGAAAAUUUACUUCAGUUUAGAUAUUAUGCAUUCUCUUUUGAGAGCAGAUUUUUGCGUGAAACUUUGCUCGUAUCACAAAGAAGUUGGAUGACACAUUGAAUUUUCACUACCUUCGAAAACAAAUAGAGUCUGGUCAAUGUUUAGACAAUGCUUCCUCGCUACUGGAUGGUGAAAAACAAUUCCUACAAUUAGAAAUGAGUCAAAUUAUAUUAAGAAAGCAUUGUUGACAAGAAUUUGGAAGUCUACAAGAGAAUAAUUGCGGCUGUUUUUCUUGAUUGGUUGAGGGAAUUAUUUUGAGUACUAUUUUAUCCAGUCUGAGUCAAAACGUCAGUUAAUCUUUGUGAAUUUGAAAGUUUCCGACUCAUUAGCAAAGGAAAUUCGCGGGUGAUAAAAUAUUUCGAAUACCUUUAAUCAAUUCUUGAGUAAAUUUUUCGGACAAAAAGUACAGGUCUGUCGAAGACAGGUGUAACUUUUAUAGAAGCUCAGGAAGUCGUUCAAUUUUCCACACCCUUACACCAGCACACGACACUCAAUAUGCCUGUCAACUCCAACGGUAACCAAUCAGAAGCGCCUAUCGUCAUAGCUCCGCCACAUUGAAAACAAGAACACGAAUUUCGCGCUGACAGUACCAUGACGUUGAAGAAGCGAACGGUUCGCUGGAAAAAACGUCGCUCUUGAAUUUUUCUUCGAAAACAACACUUAGCCUUGGGGCAUAUUUUGAACGCUCAUACGAUUGGUGAAGUUCUGGUGUUAUGGAAAUUAGAAGUCGCACGACGUUUUCCGGUAGUUUAGCUGUAAUCUUAUUCUUACUACUUGUCGCAGGGCAAUUCAAAGCUACUGUCUCAUGCGGCGGCUCCAGAAACGCUUAUGAUAAAAAAGCACCAAGAACACCUCUUAUGAAAAAAGCGUCUAUUCCAGAUCUUCCUGAGACCAGUCUGCAGGCAAGCGGACCAGCAAAAGGAAAGAUAACAAAAAAUUCGCCGGAGUUUGACAAACUAAAACCGUGUUACAACGGUGACAUUAUUUUUAAAGACGAAGAAAGAACUGGCGAAGAUCGCAUGAUGUCGAAGGUAGAACGUCUUUCAUUUGUUUAUAUUAUAUAUUUUACCUUUCAUCACUGUCAAUGCUCGGCGUGUAGCUUCUUGUGAGGUUUAUGUACACUAGAUACGUAAGCAUGCGCGAUGUUCAUUCAUUCUUGCAAUCAGCAAAACGAGGGUGAGAAAUGAGCGAAUUUUACUAUAAUUUGUUGAUUCCUCAUUAGAGAUGCAGAGAGAAAUUGACCAACCUGUCGGAUUUGGUGAAAGCACAAUGGCCAAAAGUAAAGCUUGUGGUAACAGAAGCUUGGGAUGAGCAAGGCAGUCACUCCAAAAACUCCCUCCAUUACGAAGGUAGAGCUGUAGACCUCCGACUGUCCGAUAGGGAUAAAUCUAAACUUGGACUUUUGGGGCGGAUGGCGUGGGAAGCGGGCUUUGACUGGGUUUUCUAUGAGGAUGAGAGACACAUCCACGCUUCUGUCCGUGAAGGUAAAUAUUGUUAAUUGAAUUCGUCUACUUUGAUCCGAGCUUAACUUAAUGACUUCAUAUCAUCAACUCUGCGAGGUAAUCCCCGGGUUAAGUGAAUUUCAAGGGAAUUACCUUAAAAUUUUAGUUCAGUUUGAAAAAGGCAUGCCUUCUUUCUGUUUGCACUCGCAUAGAUCUAUCGUUUGCAAGUGGGUUGAUGUUUUGGUUUGUUGGAGUAAUAGCUUUUGCACCGCCGUCAAGGUAACACGCAAAUCCAAUUUUAGGAAUACAAUAGAAGUAUGCUUAGCCAUUCCGGUCUCAAUAACAAAAAUUAUUUUCGCUUUGCCCCUUCCUGUGAAAAAACCACCUUUCACCAAAACAAAGUUAGGUCCUCGUGUUUCGUUACAAAACGUUAAGCAGCAAUUAAUUGGUUUGUUAAUGAUCGUACGCCCUCACGCCCUUGACUAGGUGUAUCAAUAUCUCUCGUGGAGAAAGAAAAUAGAACGAUUUAAGCUUAUUAUUAUUAUUUUUUUAUUUUUCUAGAUGGUUACGCAGAAGAAGCGUGGGAUGGGUGUUUUAGCGCUGAUUCCACUGUGAAACUUGAAAGUGGCGUUGAUUUACAACUCCGAGACCUGAAAAUUGGUGACAAAAUUCAAGUCAUGAGUCGAGAGGGAAAAAUUGGCUUUAGCGAGGUAAUGAUAUUCGCUGACUACAAGCCAAACGUCACCAAAGUUCCGUACAUUUUAAUUGAAACCGAAAGGCCAUCGAAAAAGCUCUCUCUAACAUCAUCUCACCUCAUAUUCACCAGCAACUCCACGGCUACAAAGUUUAAAGCAAAACAGGCUGGCUCGGUCGUGCCUGGCGAAAUUGUUCUGGUUUCAAAUGGAAGCGAAUUAGUUUCCUCACCAGUACGAAGAGUUUCUCUUAUCGAACGUACGGGAAUGAUAGCUCCUGUGACCAUCCAAGGCAAUUUAAUAGUGGAUGAAGUGCUGUCUUCAUGUUAUGCUAAGAUAAUGGACCAUGAUGUGGCACAUAUGGCAUUUGCACCACUGAGACUAGCAUAUACUUAUGCAUUUAAUGCGUGGAGCACGGAGGGAUUUAUCCAGCAAGGAAUGCACUGGUAUCCACAAAUACUGAUCGAAAUUAACAGAGCACUAAGUCUCUACAAACUUUCUUGAAUAUCGAAACCGCUUAGUGAAUUGAUAAGAAGGGAUUAUAUUCUUUUUAGAGUUUUCGCGAACUGUCUGAACUCUGGACAACUUAAACAUAAUGAAGUGUUUUUAAGAAGAGAGUAACAGAGGCGAGUUCUCUAAACGAGUAGGUUUCGUGUUUUGGCGCAAGUUUCUUGUGGAACUUUGAUUAUUCAUUUGUCUCCACAACAAAGCAAUUUCUUGCCGCGUCCUUUAAGUUCGAGUUUCCUUUUUGGCAACUUAACUUUUAUAAUCGGAGUUCAUUGAAUCGAGUAGCUUAGCUAAAGUAAUGGUAACCACGUACCAGUGUAUUAUUAUUAUUAUUGAAAUAAAUUAACAACUAUUUAUGCCUUUGAUGUACAGUAAAAUAGUUUUGUAUGGUGUGUAUAGUGCAUGACGGCUGGUAACCGAUGUAUGAAAGAGAAUGAAAAUAUUUGUACAAAGUUAACUCUAUUAUAGCAGGUCCUAUGAUUUUUUUACAAUGAAAACUAAUUCAUGACUGUAACAGACUAAUAUCAUAACCUUUAACUUAUAAUUUGGCAGUGGAGAAGUCUGAAAAUCUUCUAUAAAAUAUGUUGAAAUAAUUUAAAAGAAAAAACAAAAGAUAAGAAAAAAAAAAGGGCAACAAGCAAUGAAUAUGGAAAAAUGAGAUGUAUUAUUCGGUUAACGUAGGUUUAAUUUAUCUAAGGAAAGAUGAAUCCAGUAACUCUUUGAACACUAUGUGUUAAGAUGUAACAUUCUUAAACGCCUAUUCUGAGCGUCGAUGUACCAAAUAUUUGUUUUGUCCAAGGUAAAUUUGUAGUGUCCGACACAGAAAUUGUGAUUGCCUUUCAACUGGUAGUGUAUGAAUGACAGAAAUUUAAUAUAUCAAUAUUCUUGUGUACAGAGGACUCUUAUUAUACUUUGUAGGACAGAUUUUUUGGAAACUUGGUUUAGUCAUUUGGCCGUGGCUUUAUAUUAUGCGGUUUAUUUGGCUUAAAGGUUAGUCAUGUCUUCAAACAGG